UAAUAAGAAGGGUUAAUACAAUAUAUUAGCCAAAACUAUUAAACAACGGAAAAUAAUAGCCACAAUUAUUGAAAUACAAAUUAUUAGCCACACGUUAACUCUUUGUUAACAAUUCCGUUAGUAAUGCUGACUCAAAUUUAUGAUACUGAGUUGAGUCCCAUGUGAGCGUCACCAUAUCAUAUUUUCUAAUUUUAAUAUUUAAAAAUAAAUUUCUAAAUAAUUAAGAAGAAAAAAAUGUUGCUCCCUAUUCUUCUUCCUCCGCCUAGAUUUGCCAGCUCUUUCCUCCUCCUCUGUGGCUCUGUCCACGCCACCGGCAAGACACGACUCUGCAUCUACUUGUCAGCGCGAGAUGGCCUCGCCUGCAAUCGCCUGAAUCUGACGGAAAAGAGGACGUCGUAUUGACUCAAAUGCUAUUCGAGCUCUCUCCUUCUUUCAAGUUCGGUUUCAUGACGAAAAAUCUUGUGAUUCUCCUUAAAAUCCUCCGACGGCGGGGUGUGUCAACACCCUUAGUUGGUCGCACUAGUGCACCACCAUCUCAUUCCCUUGCAGAUCUCCAACACCUGUUCCACCGUCGCGGGGCACCUAAUGGGAUUGGGUUUCAUGAACAAUUUUGGGAGAAGAGGCACAACUGGGGCAAGCUUUAAAAAUUCCCAAUUUUUAAGUUAAGAUGUUGCUCCAAUUUUUACCAAUGCUGGGAUGUCUUUUCAUGGAAAAGGUCUUGACUCUCUCUCUCUAUGGUCCUUCUGCUCACAUUUUCUAGUUCUUCUACUACUUCUCUCUCCUCCUUGCCGCACCGCAAUCCUCCUUGCCGUCGAGUGCCGCCGCACAGCAAACUUCCUAGGAGACAAAGGAGAGAUUUUUUCCAAAACUAGCACGAUUUAAAAAAAAUUACAAAAAUAGCACCCAACCCCAAAAAAUUCCAAAAAUAGCACAAUUUCCCAUAGACCGCCACCCUACCCAGUGGUUUACACGAAAAACGCAGGGUGGGGCGCGGUUUUCAUUGAAAACCGUACAAUUAGGGGACGUUUUUCAUGCUCGCAUGGGUUCAGACCGGUUUGGUCCAAAACCGCUGCCCCACCCAACGGUUUUGGUCCUCUUUUUUCCCGAGUAUUCCUAACCUAGGUGGAAACUUCAAACUAAUGUAUCUUUGUGUCCGGGUAUACGAUCGUAGCGAAUUUUUUUUAUUUUGUAUAACUUUUCGAGAUCUUGCAAGCUGCAAACAGCCAUAAACACUUUGGUCUCGCCUUCGUCUCGGAAAAACGUCGUUUGCUAUCCCGAACGAGCUUUUUUCGAUUUCGUCAAACUUUGUGCGGCCAUAAUUUUGUGCUCCAAAAUCCGAAUGUAAUGAAUUUUUUUUAUUUCGCAUAACUUUUUAAGGACUACAACUUUUUAUCAUAGACAUAAUUUCGGAAUGUACAAGGAUUUGUGAAAAGGGAAGGUAAAGUUAUUCCCAAAACCCUAUAUAUCCAAAAAUAAUUCAUGUGUUGAAAAUCCAUUCCUAGUAAAAAUUGUAGUCCUUAAAAAGUUAUGCGAAAUGGAAAAAAAUUCAUGAUGUUCGGAUUUUGGAGAACAAAGUUAUGGUUGUUCAAGGUUAUUGAGGAUUUUUAGCGUUCAAGGACUAAAACUUUGUCAAUAUGUAAUUGUUUCAAUAGAAGAUUUGUAGUUUGGUGGUGUAGAUGUUGUGCUAAAAUUAGUAAACUAUUUAUUAUCUGGGUUCGAACCCCCACUCCCACAACAUGCUGUUUUUUUUAAUCUCUACUAAAUAAAAAAAUUUAAUAUGGGAUGAUGGUGUUUCAAACAUAAGACCUCCUUCACACAAUAAACAACUAAACCAAUUGUGCAAACACAACUAAUGUCAUUUUUGCGAGAAAAAAAUAUUAUUACAAACCGUCGGGUGGCCCCACGCGGUUAGCAAAAACGCCCCUUACCCGUGCGGUUUUCAUUGAAAACCGCGCCCCCACCCUGCGGUUUUUGAAAAAGGGUGCUAUUUUUUAUGAUUAUUGUGUGAUGGAUGUUGUGAUGAUUAAUUAUUGUGGAUUGUGAUGACUUGUGACUUGUGUGGUGGAUUGUCAUGCAUUGUGUGAAUUUCGUCGAUGCUUUUGACUUGUGAGUUGAUGACGAUUUUCAAUUCAAACUAAUUAUGCAAAGAAUGUGUUAGAAUUCCUUAAAAUUUCUUUGAAUUGAGUUUCAAUUUCUCAAUUUGUGUAAUUAUUUCUGUAGGGCGAGACCUCCGGCUCCUCGUGGUUGACGUGACGGACGAAGUGCCCCUACUGUUGAGACUGCUCCUUGUGGUGGGAGACCUCCGACUCCUCGAGGUCGUGGUAGUGCGUGUGCUACAGCCCCUCCUGCUCAGACCCGGGGUCGUGGUGGGCGUUUAGGAAGUCGGCAUGUUGAAGCUGUUGAACCGUCUUCAUCUACUCCAUCGAAUCCCGCCCCUGUCAAUAGUGAAAGUACACCGGCUGAGACUCCAACUGUAGCACGGCUGCUCCGACUUCAGCUAAAGUUAAAGGUGACAACUUCGACAUAGAGAAAUGGCUGCAGACGGAGGGUAAGGCUGAGUGCUAGAAGGAUUUUAAGAAGGUGGUGGUUGACAAGUAUUGAUGACUCGAUAUUUGCACAUGUUUUCCCCUUGUUUCUUGAUCGUUUGAGCUUUAAUUAUUGCGUCUUUGGCCUAUUUUACGCUAGGUUGUGUUCCUUUUUCACAUUUCAGGUCCUAGCACAUAAAGUGAAGGAUAGGCGCAAGUUUCAAGUCAAUCAGAGAUCAAUUGGCGAUUAGGGAGAAGAAACUCGGGCAUGACCUGAAGAAGAAUGGAUUUCUACCUCACUUUAUGGACAAAGAAUCAUGCAAUCUUGUCAUUAAAAGAAAGAGGACGAGACUACGAGCGUCUGGGAUCAAACGGCGACUGAUUCGGAGUCCGGACGAGGGAGAAACGAAGCAUUGAAUAUAGGGGAACAAGUUCGGCAGUAAAAACACGGGCGCGCCUAAAUCAAAACACGGCCGUGCCCAUAUUUAGGCACGACCGUGUUUUGGCCGACGCGCGCGGGCGUGUUUUUAACACGGGGCAAAACACGGGCGGGCAAAAGCAAAACACGGCCGUGUCCUCGAUAGUGUUUUGCCCAGAAUCGGGUUUUUUUAAGCCAAUUUCGAGCCAAAGGAGAGGGAGAGCUGGGUUUUGGAUCCCAAACACCCAAGGGACGAACCAAAGAGAGAAAGGGCGAUUUGAGGGCAUUCUAAGAGUGGAAUUGGAGGAUUUUUUUGCCUUGGAAGCUCGAGGAACAAGCCCGGACUUGAAGAGUGAUCAUCUGAAGAUUCUUACUGCAGUCUCUCUCUUCUCUAUGGAGUAACUUCCCUUCACUUAGGUUUUGAGGAACCCUAGCUAUGUUUGUUUGAUUGGAUGAUUGUAUGAGUACUCUGACUUGAUAAUCUUGAGUUCAUAUUCAAUCUAUGCAUGUUUUCAUGAUUCAAUUCUGCUUUAGUCGAGAUUAUUGAUUCUGCUUUGAUCCUGUGAGAGGGGAUACCUGAUUAGGUCAAUAGAGCACCAUAGAUUGAUAGUAAUGGAUCGAUUGCUUUAGUCGAGGGUUGAUUCACUGCUUUGUAUCGAUUGAGUACCUAUUUCAAUAGAGGGAAUCUAGUUCAGAACGCCUUGAUCGGUUGUUCUAGAUAAGGAUACGUCCCUCUAGGCAAUUGACUCAAGAGGGCCUUGUUCCUUUAGUCGAGACUCAAGGUCUAAUCAUCAAUCGUUAAUCUGGCUAGUGGCUAGGGGGAAUCAUACCUAAGUGAGUUCCCAACCUGUAAUUAGAUUAACUUUAACUAUAGUUUGUUAAAGUAGUUUUAGUUCUUCCAUCUUAAUCUGGUUUGCUAGAUAAUGAACUGAAGCUGAGUAAUAGUAACUCUAGAGACCCGUGGAUUCGAUAUUUACUACUUGAGCCACUAUACUGCAGCCCCUUUCAUUGGUUACACUUGGCCUUUGUUAGGAGUUGUGUCAUAGCGAGUCAAGUUUUUGGCGCCGUUGCCGGGGACUUUCUAGAGUAUUAGGAAAGGCAGAAGUUUGUUACUUUAGCGUUUUUCUUUUCUUUUCCACCCUUGCUUUUCACUUGGGUGUUUUUGUUUCUGUUGGUGCAGAUUUGAAUCAUGGAUCCUCAUGGCUUCUCCAAUCAUUGGAGGUAUCCACCACCAUCCGAGUGGUAUUACCCCGAGACUCCCUGGAGCAAUCAAGGAGGAGAAGACUAUGGAUUCGGGUUCCAGUACCAACCCCCUUACUACGGAGAACAACCAGACCCCUGGGCAUAUCAAGAACAACCUCAUUAUCAAGAAGAAUUUCUCCCACAACCAGAAGGGCCAUCAGCGCUGGAGUUACCCAUGGCAGCCUUCACGGGCCAUUCUGCAGAGCCAUGCUACACUCCACAGCCAGAUCCAAACUAUGAAUUGAGACUUCUCAUGGAACAGUUUGCUCGAGACAGUGAGAGAACAUGCUCCAGGAUGGAUCAAUGUGUCCAGGCCUUUCGUGAAACAGAGGAGAUCCUCCUGAGCCUUAAGAAGAGCGCCGAUGAUCUUGAGCGAUCUUUGGCACAACCUGCUCCAGAUCACCCUUCUGCUACCAUACAAGAAGAGGAGGAGGACGAAGAAGGCUACAAGGACAUUGUGGAGCACACUGAAGUUGUCACGGAGAGCUCCCGUGAUGAUCAUGAUCCGGAGUGUCCUGUCGUAGCCGACUACACCUUCCCACAUCCCAAAGUGAGCUUUGAAGAGGCGGGCAUGAGUGAGGAGAUGCAAGAAGAUCUCAUGAAAGAAAUUGCUUGGCAACUUGCUCUCCAAUCGGUGCUAGAAGAAGAAGAGCAAGAAAGGGUGCAGAAAGAAGUUGUGGAGGAUGACGAAAGUGAAGCAGGAGGAGUUCUUGAUCAUUUCCCAGGGGUGAUACCACAUGAAGAAGAAAGGGAGGUUGAAGAAGAAGAAAGGGAGGUUGCAGAAGCAAUUGGCGUCCAAGCUGAGGACGAAGUUGAGGUGGAAGAGGCUUGCACCGGCUAUGAGUUACUUGUGAUAUCUCCACCGAAUUUUGAGGAGCUGCUUGGCAAGGACCCAUUUGCAGUGUCUCUUUGCCAGACCAAGGCCACAUCGACAUCGGUCCCUCUUGGUGGACGCGAUGGUGGUAAAUCGAUGCUGUCAUAUCUAGUUUGGGUCAAUGAGACGAGAGGAGAGAAGAAGAGGUCUCGAGGGUGGAGACUUCAUCUGCAUCAAGUGCAUGAGCCUUCAUCACCUGCCACACCACAUGCUCGUGACUUGAGACUCCACCUUAUCGACGAGAACCUCAACUUCAAGGAGGCUUUGGGGUGGACCGAAACUUAGGAACCAUCGUCCGGCUCACGACGUGAAAGAAGCGCUUGUUGGGAGGCAACCCAACCAGUCGGUUUGCAUUUCUUUCCCUAUUUCUCCUCGGUUGAGUCAGUUUUGUUUUUUUAUUUUAUUUUAGAUUCAAUAACUCAACCUUUGUGAGAUUUUGUGUGGUGUUUGUGUUCCGACUACUCUCUCUUCCUGGAAUGCACCGCCUGCCCCGUCCACCAUCAUUCACCCUGGAUCUGGUAACUUCGUUCUACCCUCCUUAUCUUCCUCCAUUGAGGACAAUGUCGUGCUUAAGUGUGGGGGGAUGUUCGAUUAUGUAUGCGGGUGAAUGUUUGGCUGGUUGUGUGCUUGGAGCCUAGUCCACUGUCCAAAUUUUUAAAUUUGAGGGCUCCAAGUACGUGUUUCCUUGCAAAUUGCCUGCUCAGUAUGCUUUGAAUGGAUAGUCUCUAUAGUAAUGUGCAACCUAGGGAGGUAGUGUAGCACUAUGGAGGAUGUUGAAGUAUAAGAUUUUUCUAUCUAGCUCUCUGCUGUGCCAGUUGAUUUUGUGAAUUAGUGGAGCUAAGACCGUUGAAUUCAUGUGGUAAUGGUGACUCUAUUUGGAUUGUGUUAUGGACUCGUGUAUCGAACAGGGUGCUCAUGUGAAAAAUGAAAUGCAGUUGGUCCUCCAUGUCGAAAUCAUCGAAAUCUUAAACAUGGGGUAAGCCCAACGUGUGCGGCACCGUUCAUUGCACAAAAUCGGGUUUUGGAAGAGAUUUUAGUGAUCCUAAGUGGGGUACUCCUACAAGGUGAAGCUAAGCUGUCUCUAGUACAAGUAAAACUUCCACCCGUUGAACGGUUUGCCUACUUGAGGAUGUGUUUUUAAGGGCACGGAUAGAGCUUCCGACCCCCCUUAAUUUCAUUGACCCUCCACACGAGUUGAGGAAAAGGAGUUAAAAGAAGUACUCUGGCGAGCGCCAGGUGUACAGAAAUUGCUCUUGCUCGACUAAUAAGGGUCGACCGUGCAAAAGACUGCAGUUGGAACCCCCGCCAAGUGAAUGAAAAAGAAAAAAAAAGUAAAAUGAAAGUGAAAAAGGGGUUCCAACGGUGAAAUGAAGUGAAAGAGAACCCCGGUACAACGAGUCCUUGGUUGUGAAUGGUGUGAGUCCCUUUAUCCAUGAACUGACUGUCUUACUUCUACUUCUUCUCAUGAUCCUGGCUUGAGUCUAGUACUCGCAUUGAGAGAGAUAGGGAACGUCUUAGAAGACCAGUUGACCUCGUAAGCUGCUAUAUGAUCUAGGAAAUCCUCUACCGACGAUCAGGGUUGUAUGUUGCUAUAGAGGUCUGGAGAGAUGCAUUGGUUUGAGUUAGGUUUGCUUGGGGACAAGCAAACGGUUAAGUGUGGGGGGAUUGGAUGACUCGAUAUUUGCACAUGUUUUCCCCUUUGUUUCUUGAUCGUUUGAGCUUUAAUUAUUGCGUCUUUGGCCUAUUUUACGCUAGGUUGUGUUCCUUUGUCACAUUUCAGGUCCUAGCACAUAAAGUGAAGCAUAGGCGCAAGUUUCAAGUCAAUCAGAGAUCAAUUGGUGAUUAGGGAGAAGAAACUCGGGCAUGACCUGAAGAAGAAUGGAUUUCUACCUCACUUUAUGGACAAAGAAUCAUGCAAUCUUGUCAUUAAAAGAAAGAGGACGAGACUACGAGCGUCUGGGAUCAAACGGCGACUGAUUCGGAGUCCGGACGAGGGAGAAACGAAGCAUUGAAUAUAGGGGAACAUGUUCGGCAGUAAAAACAUGGGCGCGCCUAAAUCAAAACACGGCCGUGCCCAUAUUUAGGCACGACGGUGUUUUUGGCCGACGCGCGCGGGCGUGUUUUUAACACGGUGCAAAACACGGGCGGGCAAAAGCAAAACAUGGCCGUGUCCUCGACAGUGUUUUGCCCAGAAUCGGGUUUUUUUAAGCCAAUUUCGAGCCAAAGGAGAGGGAGAGCUGGGUUUUGGAUCCCAAACACCCAAGGGACGAACCAAAGAGAGAAAGGCCGAUUUGAGGGCAUUCUAAGAGUGGAAUUGGAGGAUUUCUUCGCCUUGGAAGCUCGAGGAACAAGCCCGGACUUGAAGACUGAUCAUAUGAAGAUUCUUACUGCAGUCUCUCUCUUCUCUAUGGAGUAACUUCCCUUCACUUAGGUUUUGAGGAACACUAGCUAUGUUUGUUUGAUUGGAUGAUUGUAUGAGUACUCUGACUUGAUAAUCUUGAGUUCAUAUUCAAUCUAUGCAUGUUUUCAUGAUUCAAUUCUGCUUUAGUCGAGAUUAUUGAUUCUGCUUUGAUCCUAUGAGAGGGGAUACCUGAUUAGGUCAAUAGAGCACCAUAGAUUGAUAGUAGUGGAUCGAUUGCUUUAGUCGAGGGUUGAUUCACUGCUUUGUAUCGAUUGAGAACCUCUUUCGAUAGAGGGAAUCUAGUUCAGAACGCCUUGAUCGGUUGUUCUAGAGAAGGAUACGUCCCUCUAGGCAAUUGACUCAAGAGGGCCUUGUUCCUUUAGUCGAGACUUAAGGUCUAGUCAAGGAUUCUCCGCAUUGUGAAUGAAAGUGAAACAAGUUAGAAAUCAUCAAUCGUUAAUCUGGCUAGUGGCUAGGGGGAAUCAUACCUAAGUGAGUUCCCAACUUGUAAUUAGAUUAACUUUAACUGUAGUUUGUUAAAGUAGUUUUAGUUCUUCCAUCUUAAUCUGGUUUGCUAGAUAAUGAACUGAAGCUGAGUAAUAGUAACUCUAGAGACCCGUGGAUUCGAUAUUUAUUACUUGAGCCACUAUACUGCAGUCCCUUUCAUUGGUUACACUUGGCCUUUGUUAGGAGUUGUGUCAUAGCGAGUCAAGUAUCCAAUGGGAGAGUGCAGGCAUUGUCAUACUCAAAUCAAAGCUCAUCCUUCCAAGAACAGGUUGUUCUACAAUGAAUAACCAUCGACAUU